AUCUCUUAAUGAAAAAUAUAGUACAAAUACAGAAUUGAGCAUAAAAUGUUAAUGUGGCAUUCAGUGAAAUGUUGUAAAUUGAGCACUUGUAUAACAAGAACUUACUCAAAAAACAAAAACAAAAACAAAACCAAGCCCAUUGCCAUCAAGUCAAUUCCAACUCACAGUGACCCUAUAGGACGGAGUAGAACUGUCUCCAUAGAGUUUCCAAGGAGCGCUUGGUGGAUUUGAACCAUAGCAUUUAACCACUACACCACCAGGGUUUCCAAGCACUUAGGUCAAUAAAUAGUACAGCUAGACCCCUAGAAGGUCACUUCUUGAUUGCGACCCUCUCCAUGCCUGGAGGUAGGCACUACCUUGACUUUUAGUUCUUUAUGAUUUACCACUUAGUCAUGUAUCCAUAAAAAUACAAUUUGUUUUCCUUGAUUUGGCCUUAAAUGGAAUCUCUCUGGAAGUUUUCUUUUGUAUAUGAGCUAUUUUGUUCAGCAUUAUGUUUUUGAGAUGUAUUGAUGUUCUGUGUAGCUGCAGCCCAUUCAUUUUUGGUGCUGCAGAGUAUUCCAUUGUAUGACUUACACCAGAAAUCAUUUGUCCAUUAUACUCUUAAUGGACGCUUGGUUUGUUCAUAAUUUUAGAGAUUAUCAACAAUGCUUCUAUCAACAUUUUUGUACAAGUAUCUUGGGGUACAAGUACAUGAAUUUCUCUAGUGUGUAUAUGUAAGAUCCAGCAAUUCCACUCCCGUCACCACUGGGCCCAUAGUGGCAAGAAGGAAGGCUAUUCAUGAGCCCAAUAGCAUGAGCUCCCACUCAUUCAUCAUCAUGCCACACGGAGAUUACUGAUGAUAGAAGCUGGCCGAUAUGAACAGGUUUAGUCAUUCUGUUACUUGGUUACUUAAUGCCGUUUCUGUGCUGAAUUCUCUUUGGUGGGCAUUAACAUGUAAUGCAAAAAUCCUCAUGCUUCAUGGCAUCUCCCUUUGAUCCAUCUCAUGAUUCUUUCCGUGACCUUCUUGUAUUUCUUGUCACCUAUUCCAAUCUUUCUCCUUUCAGGUCCUUGGCGAAGCAGUUAACCCAUUUGCCACUUCCAGUGAAGUUAUAUAUAUUCUUACCUUGGGGCACUUCUCUUUCUACACAAAAUGGAUGGCCAAGUACAUUGCCUGAGGCUCUUCCCAUUGGGAGGCUUUCUGCUUACCACCUUUUCUCAAGGCUAUUCACAAAUGGAGCUGUAGUGCUGCCACAGUCUAUUUUCUUCUUGUACCCACAUAUCACACCAACCCCUCUGUGGACUUGUCUCAGUCCUUCUCUUCUCCUAUCUGCUGACUAUAAUGGACUUCCCACAUAGUCAUGGCUGGGAGCUGAGGGAAAGGUCCUGGUGCAAUAGUGGUAUAUGACAUGAGGGUCUGGAUCAUCUGUUUGUGCAGCAUAUUGUGCCUUCUAGCCCUGUUCAUGCCCAGUCCCAAAUGGAUUCCUGUAAUGGGUUGCUGCUGGGCCUGUCCACCUUAUACCUUUGUAGAGCUGAGAGAAUCCAGCUCAGGAUGGCUAUCCUGGCUACAGGGUUAGUUGAUAUCACAUGGUCAGCUGUUUCAUCUCUACCAGUGCCCAGAAAGAAUUUUUUUUUUUUAAAGAUAUAUAAUUAUCCUCCGAAGAUGGUAAGGCCUUGACUCCAAAACCCUAAAGAUAUACAUUGUGAUUCUUCUAUUGUGACUAGUCAAAACCCACAUGAUGUCUUUUCCAAUCACUGAUAGCCCUAAUUCUAUGGGUACACUAGGUUGUAUGGCUCAAGUGGCAGGGUUGCCUGCACCAUAACCUGGACCUUCUACAGAGCCCUCUCCUGCUAUGUGUCCACUCAAAGCUGACAGCCUUUUAUGUCACCUGCUAUAUAGUUCAUAGUAGUAUUUCCAAGUAUGGAAUAUGCUGCCUUCAGAACCUGAAGAGACCUACAUUGUGUUUCCUUCUUAGAGUUAGGAGGAGGAAGAUGAAGUAAUUUGUCCUUUAAUUUGGAAGAAAUAUUUUAGCAUGUCCUGACAAAUGAACUUCUAAAAACUUUAGUGAUAUGGUAUGCCUCUGAAUCCUCCUAGGAUGUACCUCUUACCCUUUGGAGCAUACGUAUAUCUUACCCAAGUCUCCAACAUGUCAUUGACAUAGUGGACCAAUGUGAUGAUCUGUGUAAUGUCCAGAUGGUCCAGAUCCAUUUGGACUAUAUAGUAAUAGAAGGCAAGAGAUUCUGUUGUCUCUCCCAAGUGAAUGCAAAUUGUUUCUGCUCCUCUUUUCUGAUAGGAGUGAAUCCAUUCACCUGAUCAAUGACCUCAUACCAUGUACCUGAGGCCGUGUCAAUCUGCUUUAGUAAAGUUACCACAUCUGGCACAGCAGCUGCAAGUGGGACAAUACUUGGCUGAGUAGUCCGCUGUUAUCCUGUAGGAUCCAUCUGGUUUUUGUAAUAAACAAAUUGGUGAAAAAAUGGAAACAUAUUGGGGAAUACUAUCUUUUUUUUUUUUUUUUAAGGGUGGCUUUGGGAUGUUAUUUUGUUUUUGAUUUAUUUUCUUGGCCAGAGAAGGAAAAUUUCGAGACUUUUACUUGGCCUUCACCUAUAUGAUAGCUUUUACCCCAUAGGUCGAGUCAAUGAGUGUGUUGUGCUAACCACUAAGUAUGUCCAUUCAAAGUAAAUACUCAGUGACCAGGGAAUGACCGUUGAGUAUGUCCUUGAAUCCAGUGGACACUCUGUGAGCUGGAACUGGGUGAUGACUCCUUUUAUUUCCAGGCCCACCAUAAAUACCCACUGUAACAGGGGGCCAUGGUGAUGAUUAGGGUCUCCAAGUAUCAAUGGGACCCUGGGUUCAAAAGUCCUAGAAAUGUUUGGGUAUUUACUUUUACCUGGUGUACCUGGGUUUUCUAUAGUCCUAGAAAUAUUUGGGUAUUUACUUUUUCCUGGUGCAUGGUUAUUCAUUAAUGGCCACAGGUCCUUUUGGGGAAGGACUGGGGAGAUUCAAUAGCAUAGGCAGUGCCAUGAUGUUGAAGGAUUCCUCUUCCUGGGCACCUGGCCUCUCUUUUAGUCAAUGAGUUUCAGGUCUGAAAACUGGUUCAAGUCCAGAAACAGGGCAAGAAGUUACUAAUUUUUACUGAGGGCAGUUAUUCUCAGCUUUCUGAUCAUCCCUCCUUACUUUCUUUUGAUUGUACAGCUUGAGCAAUACCCUUGUUGGUUUUCCAUCUAUUUUUUCCUUAGGGACACCAUGAUUUAUUAGGGAUACUAUGAUCUGUUAACAAUCUAUAUAGCCCUCAGGCCCACUUUGCUAUCACUUUUCCUUAGCAGUUUAUUGUGAAAAAUUGCACCUACCUUACUUCUGAUGGUAAGUGUUGCUCCUUGGCCUCCAUUAUUUUGGGAUUUCAUCAUCCCCAUUAUUGUCAGUGAGACCAGUUCGGUGACAGUUUUUCCUGCCAUCAUCCUUGACCUACAGAGGAGUACACCAGCGAGCUUCUCUAUGAUGCAAUUCUCCAUCUCACCAAUGCAUUCCUUAUUGCUUUGGUAAAUGGAGUGUUCUCCAGGUCCUGCCACAGGACAUAAUUAUCUAGUGGGUUUUCAGAAUUACAUAGUGUAUCUACUCAGCAUGCCCAGUCCUCUAAACUUCUUGAUCUUUUCUUCUACCAUCUGCCAUUGCAGGUCUGUUAUUUCUAGUUCACUUAGUGUAGGGUAUCACUUUCUUCAGCUUCCAAAAGUCAUUCUAACAUUACCUUAGUACCAUCUCUCAGGGUUUUUGCUAGGGUGGUAAAUUCUGUGUCAAUUGACAACAUUCCCAUAUGGAUAUUCUCCCUCAUCCAACUUUAUGUUUUAUACUCCUCCCUUGACAUAGCAUCCUCAGGAUCCAAUCCCAUGUAUACUCUCCUGGUUUCUGCAAGUACAUGUUGGCUGGAUCCUGCGACUACUUUAGGACAAAAUCAAUUUCUUGUCUUAGCAGGCCCAGCACUUCUUCAAUCAGGUCAUGUUGUGAUUUGAUCCUAGUUAUUGGCCUGGUGUUCAGAAGGAGAGUUGGGGGUAGAUCUUAACAGAUGCACAUGCUGUCUUGCUGGGCAGAGGCUUCUGCAUUGUGUUCAAGAAAGGGAGGGAUUCUAAUCAUUAAGAUGGAGGAAAGGCCACAUCAGAAAGCUAGAAGUUUCAGGCAAAUCUGGGAGUUCAAGAUUUUAAGUGCAUUGACCCUGGAAACCUUACCCCGUGUCUCGGGUUCUGACUAUUUCACAGUCGGGGCUCUGACCUUAACAUGACAAACCCUCUGGGGUUGAGAAAUGAACCUACUUUGGAGCUCUUCUAUGCUUAUUAUUAAGUCCUGGGCCAAUAUUCAGCUUUUUGUGCCAUUUGGGUGCAGGAGACAAGAGUUUCUUUGUAUGUUUUUACACUUAAAAAAAAAAAAAUGAUGUUUUAGGUGAAAGUUCACACAGCAAAUUAGGUUGCCCUUUAACAAUUUUUAUACAAAUUAUUCCAUGCCAUUGGUUACAAUUUUUACAAUGUGUCAGCAUUUUCAUUAUUUCCAUCCUGUCUGUUCUGUUUUCUUUGAUCUAGUUUCCAUUCCCCUCUUUGCUGUCUCAUCAUUCUUUUGGGUAAGUGUUGACCAUUUGGUCUCAUGUAGUUAAUUGUUUAAGACAGCACAUUACUCAUAGGUGAUAUUGUUUAUUUAAUAAUUCAUAAUAUACUAUUUGGCUGAAAGGUGGCCUGCAGAAAUAGCUUUAAUCCAAGUUCAAAGCUUAUUUUAGGACGAUAAUCUCAGAGGUUCAUCUAGUCUCUAUUUGUCUAGUAAGUCUGGGCUUUUUUAGCAAUUUGUGUUUUGUUCUACAUUUUUCUUCCAUUCUACCUACUGAAUGGUCCCUAGUCAGAACGGUCAGUAGUGGUAGCUGGGCACCAUCUAGUUCUGGUCUCAGGUUAGAGGAGGCUGUGGUUUUUGUGGGCUGUUAGUCUUGUGGACUAGUUUCUUCUUUGAGUCUUUGGUGUCAUUUAUUCUGUCUUGCUCCAGAUAAGUAGAGACUAAUAGUUGUAUCUUAGAAGAUCCCUCACAAGUUUUUAAGACUCUAGAUGCUACUCACCAAUCUAGGACGUAGAACACUAUCUUUGUGAACUAUGUUAUGCCAAUUGACUAAGUUGUUCCCCAAGACAGUGGUCCCAAGCCUUCUAACCCAGUAAACUAAUCCUGCAUGUUGUUUGGAUAUGCCCAGGAAGCCUCUGUAACUGUGCCUCCUAUGUGGAUAUAUAUGCAGCUCACAUAAAUGUGCAUGUACAUAUGUCUACAGAUACACCUAUACACACGUGUGUAUUUAUUCAUGUAUGCCUUUCUAUGCACAUAUAUGCAUCCAUAUCCACCCAUGUAACCAUGCACAUAUAUUUUGGUUGUUUUUUACCAUUGUUGUAAAAUUGUAUAUGUUCUAGCACUUACCGGAAUUGCCCCUUGUGUGCUUCUUAGUGUCUUUAUUUACCUUGGUCAGGUUGUGCUAACUUCACCCACAUUUGGUCCUGUCUUUCCCAUCACCAGAAGUAAUGAGUGUCUACUAUCUAGAAAGUGAUUCCUCCUCCCUCUCCCUGCCAUCCCUGGUAACCAUCAAAGAACUUUGCUUUCUUUGUGUAUAUCUAUUCUUGCUUUUUUUAUAAUAGUGAGACCAUACACUGUUUUUUUUUUGGGAAUGACGUAUUUCACUCAGCAUAACGUCCUCUAGAUUCAUCCAUGUUAAAAGAUGUUUUGUGUACUCUGCAUUAUUCUUUAUAGUUGUGUAGUAUUGCACUGUAUAUAUGUACCACAGUUUGCUUAUUUAUUCUUCUGUUGAUGGGCACUAAAGUUGUUUCCAUCUUUUGCUAUUGUGAAUAGUGCAGCAAUGAACAUAGGUAUGCAUGCCUAUUCGCUCUUAUAUCUCUAGGAUCUAUACUUAGGAACAGGAUUGCUGGAUCAUAAGGUAUUUCUAUUUCUAGCUUUUUGAGGUAGUGCCAUAUUGUUGUCCAUAGUGGUACACAUAACCUUUAACUGAUAAUUAAUCACAUUCAGUCUUCCAUUGUCUUUUUCUAAAGCAUUGAUUGUCCCCAAGAACAGACACCUAAUUCCAUAGUCGUUAUUUCUACCUGAGACACUGUACCCUUCAGUGCAUUCCCUUCCGUAGUGAUUCCUUCCAUGGUGAUCUCAGCCCCCAACAGUAAAAAGUUUAACCUUCGAUUGCACUGUUACUGCAUGCCAGGGCUAUUAGUUCUUCACCUAUCUCCAAUAAUGCCACAUGGCGGGUGAUCUAAUACCUAAAUUCCAUUUUAGAACCUGCUUUCUUGGGCUACAUCUGGCACCACUGUUGCAGGUCAGGCUCCCUGGGUAACAGACACUGAGAUGGAGAUUUGCAUGUAGGAAGUUUAUUGAAGAAUGCUUUUGGGCUCAACAUCUGUGGAGGAUUGAAUAAAGCUGGAUCAGCCAUAAAGAGAAAUUGAAUUGUGAUGCAGUUGUAACAAAGGCUUUAGCUGAUUCCACACAGACCCUGGAGUUUGGAUGGCCCUGAAGAGUUGUCAUUUAUGGAGGCAAAGGGGCAGAGCCUUUAUAUCUCACAUGAACCAGUCAUUGGAUGUGGACUGCUCCUGGAAAGUGACUGAGACCUUGGACAAAAUGGUUCUCUUUAGCUGAGGGCAGAUGUUUCUACUGACUUGCACUCAUGAUGGCUUAUUUACUUGUGUAUUUGGCAUUUUUUUCUUUUUCUGAGCUCAUAUUUGAUUAACUUAAUCUGUGAGAAUUUUUGGGGAACUUCAAGGAGGAUUUGCAUGUGCUUCUUUCUUGUCCCAUUUUAAUUUACUUUCUCAGCCUGGAAUUUCUAUGACUGAAUGGGUUUAUGCAAACAUGACCUUCAGAUCUGAGUGAGAACAGGUUUUAUGUUCUUAGGGGAGAAUGUUAUUUCUACUGUUGUUGUUAAUUACUUCAUGCACUGAGCCAUGACAGAGGCAGACAGCUUUUCUGGUAGUUUCUACUUGCUUAGAAGUCAAAGAACUAAAAGAAAGAGCUUACCCACUACCUUUGGGGAUAUGAUUGUACGCCCAGUAACUUCAAAACACUAGUGAAACUAAUACUAGAAUUUAUAAGAUAAUUUGGAGAUAUGGCCAUGUAGAAGGCACAUUUACAAAAAAGUACAUGUUCUUUGUACUACUUAGAAGUACUUGGAAAGGGGAAAAUAUAUCUUUCACAUUAACAACAAAAAGUGUCACUUAUUUAAAAAGAAAUUUGAUAAAAAAGACACAGAAUCUAUAUGAAGAGUAUGUUAAAAUCUUACUGAAGUAUGUAAAAUGAGAUCUGAAGAAAGGAAAAAUACAUAUCAUAUUGUAAGACUAAUGAUUUAAUACCAUAAAAAUUUAAUUUUCCAAAAAUAUUUGAGUAUAUUGUAUGUAAUUCCAAUUUGAAUUGUAACAGGUUUUUGGUGGACAUUAAAUAAAAUUUAUUAAAAUUUGUAUGAAAAAAUAAAUCGGAAUAGUUAAGCAUAUUUUGAAAAAGAACAGCUUAAUAAAAAUAGGAGUGAGUGAGUGAGUGUAAAUGGCAAAAUGUCGACAGUGGGUGAAUCUAUGUGAAGGGUACGUAUGUUUACUAUAAUAUAUUUACAGCUUUUCUAUAGGUUUAAAUUAUUUCUUGAAAUAAAAAACUUUAAGUCAUCUUCUAAAAAAGAAAAAUAACAAGAGAGCUUUUAUAUCAAAACACACCCAAAACCCACUGCAAUGAAAUCAAUAAGGUUUUUAUGUUAGAAGAGACAAAUAGAACAAAUUGAACAGAAGAGGAAACCCAGAAAGAACUGCAGAUGGAUUAAAGAUGUCAAAAUGAAUAGCAAGCUGUAGUUAUAUGCAUAAAUAUAGCAACUGAUAAAAGUAUGGAUGGAUAUAUGCUAACUUAACAUGAAUUACCAGGAAGAUGCAGGGAGGGAAGAAAUGAACAGUGGGAGGGGAAAAAUCCCAUAAAGGAAAGAUGAAAAAGUACCACAUUAACAAAAAAUGAGGUGUAAGAUUCUUAUAAAGGUGUUGAUGUAAAACUGUAUGUGUAUGUUUAUUUUAAAAUAAAAAUACGUUUUAUAAAUUUUAAAUGAAAACUCAAGAUGAACAUAGAAAUUCUAUUGCAUUCUUGAUAAUUACAUGGAUAUCAGUUAAUUUUAGCUGAUAUCCAACUAAAAAGGUAAAAUAAUUUUACUUAGUAUAUUUUAAAGUCAUUUGCAUGUUUUGAUUUACAGUUGUAUAUUUACAUUUUUUGUUGAUACUAUUCUCAAUUCUUAAGCCACCCUUUGAAAUCUUCUGUUCAGUUCUCUUACUUCAGUUCUUGCAUUUACUUUAGCUGCUCGACGUUAAAGAGCAAGUUUCAGAGUUUCUUAUGACAUCCAUUUUGGUCUUUUCUUUCUUUCCUGUCUUUUUAAUGACCUCUUGCUUUCUUCAUGUAUGAUGUCCUUGAUGUCAUUCCACAACUCCUCUGGUCUUCGGUCAUCAGUGUUCAACACGUCAAAUCUAUUCUUGAGAUGGUCUCUAAAUUUAGGUGGGAUGUACUCAAGGUCUACUUUGGCUCUCAUAGAAUUGUUCUAAUUUUCUUCAGUUUCAACUUGAACUUGCAUGUGGGCAACUGAUAAUCUGAUCCACAGUCGGCCCCUGGCUUUGUUCUGACUGAUGAUAUUGAGCUUUUCCAUCGUCUCUUUCCACAGAUGUAGUCGAUUUGAUUCCUGUGUAUUCCAUCUGGUGAGGUCCAUGUGUAUAGUCCCUGUUCAUGUUGGUGAAAAGAGGUAUUUGCAAUGAAGGAGUUGUCGGUCUUGCAAAAUUCUAUCAUGCGAUCUCCAGCAUCAUUUCUAUCGCCAAGGCUGUAUGUUCCAACUACUGAGCCUUCUUUGUUUCCAACUUUCGAAUUCCAGUCACCAGUAAUUAUCAAAGCAUCCUGAUUGCAUGUUUGAUCAAUUUCAGACUGCAGAAGCUGGUAAAAAUCUUCAGUCUCUUCAUCUGUGGCCUUAGUGGUUGGUGCAUAAAUUUGAAUAAUAGUCAUAUUAACUGGUCUUCCUUGUAGGCGUAUGGAUAUUUUCCUAUCAUUGACAGUGUUAUACUUCAGGAUAGAUCUUGAAAUGUUCUUUUUGACAAUGAAUGCAAUGCCAUUCCUCUUCAAGUUGUCAUUCCAGGCAUAGAAGACCAUAAAAAAAUAUGAUUGUCUAUUUCAGAAUGGCCAAUACCAGUCCAUUUCAGCUCACUAAUGCCUAGGAUAUUGGUAUUUAUGCACUCCAUUUCAUUUUUUGAUGAUUUCCAAUUUUCCUAGAUUCAUACUUUGUACACUCCUGACUCCGAUUAUUAAUGGAUGUUUGCAGCUGUUUCUUCUCAUUUUGAGUAGUGCCACAUCAGCAAAGGAAGGUCCCCAAAGUAUUUUAAUGACAUGUGCAAAGAGCUAGAGAUAGAAAACCAAAAGGGAAGAGCAUUUUCGGCAUUUCUCAAGCUGAAAGAACUGAAGGAAAAAUUCAAGCCUUGAGGUGCAAUACUGAGGGAUUCUACGGGGAAAAUAUUAAACGAGGAAAGACACAUCAAAAGAAAAUGGAAGGAAUGCACAGAGUCAUUAUGCCAAAAAGAAUUGGUUGAUGUCCAGCCAUUUCAGGAGGUAGCAUAUGAUCAGGAACUGAUGGUACUGAAGGAAGAAGACCAAGCUGCACUGAAGGCAUUGGUGAAAAACAAGGCUCCAGGAUCUGACGGGAUAUAAAUUGAGAUGUUUCAACAAACAGUUGCAGCACUGGAAGUGCUCACGUGUCUAUGCCAAGAAAUUUGGAAGACAGCUACCUAGCCAACUGACUGGAAGAGAUCCAUAUUUAUGCCUAUUCCCAAGAAAGGUGAUCCAACUGAAUGCAGAAAUUGUUGAACAAUAUCACUAAUAUAACAUGCAAGUAAAAUUUUGCCAAAGAUCAUUCAAAAACGGCUGCAGCAAUAUAUCUAAAGGGAAAGCCAGAAAUUCAGGCCAGAUUCAGUAGAAGAUGUGGAACCAGGGGUUUCAUUGCACAUGUCAGAUGGAUCCUGGCUGAAAGCAAAGAAUACCAGAAAGAUGUUUACCUGUGUUUUAUUGACUAUGCAAAGGCAUUCGGCUGUGUGGAUCAUAACAAAUUAUGGAUAACACUGUGAAGAAUGUGAAUUCCAGAGCACUCAUGAGGAACAUGUACAUAGAUCAAGAGGCAGUUGUUUGAACAGAACAAGGGGAUACUGUGUGGUUUAAAGUCAGAAAGGCUGUGCUUCAGGUUUAUAUCCUUUCACCAUACCUAUUCAAUCUGUAUGCUGAGAAAACAAUCCAAGAAGCUGGACUGUAUGAAGAGGAACAUAGCAUCAGGAUUGGAGGAAGACUCAUUAACAACCUGUGUUCUGCAGAUGACACAGCCUUGCUUGCUGAAAGUGAAGAGGACUUGGAACAGUUCCUGAGAAAGAUCAAAGAUCACAGCCUUCAGUAUGGGUUACACCUCAACUUAAAGAAAAUAAAAAUUCUGACAACUGGACCAAUAGAUAACAUCAUCAUAAUGGAGAAAAGAUUGAAGUUGUCAAGGAUUUCAUUUUACUUGGAUCCACAAUCAACACCCAUGGAAGGAGCAGCCAAGAAAUCAAAGGAUGCAUUGCAUUGGGCAAAUCGGCUGCAAAAGACCUCUUUAAAGUGUUGAAAAGUAAGAUGUCACCUUGAAGACUACGGUGCGCCUGACCCAAGCAAUGGUAUUUUUGAUUGCAUCAUACGCAUGUGAAAGCUGGGCAAUGAAUAGGGAAGACCAAAGAAGAAUUGAUAUCUUUGAAUUGUGGACUGCCAAAAGAAUGAACAAAUCUGUCUUGGAAGGAGUAAAACCAUAAUGCUCCUAAGAAGAAAGGAUGGGGAGACUACAUCUUACAUACUUUGGACAUGUUAUCAGGAGGGAUCAGUUCCUGGAGAAGGACAUCAUGCUUGGUAAAGUACAGAGUCAGCUUAAAAGAGGAAGACCCUCAGUGAGAUGUAUUGACACAGUAGCUCCACCAGUGGGCUCAAGCAUAACAAUGAUUGUGAGGAUGGUGCAGUCCUGCCCUGGCGAGUGUUUUGUUCUCUAGUACGUAGGGUCACUAUGAGUAGGAGCUGAAUCAAUGGCACUUAACAACAACAAGAAUUCUUAAUUCACAAAAAAAGAAUCAAUGGUUCAUUUAUCCAUAAAAACAGUUAUAGAAAUACAGCAAUUCAAGACAAUCCCAUAUAAAUUGAGAGUAGGUCUUCGGUGUGGAUAUAGGAUGUGAAUUCAUAAGGUAAAGUGACUUUGCAAAAACUUUUACUCAAGCAGCCAAAAAAGGAAAAUGCCAGUAGGAAGCAUUCUCUCUUCAAAUCUUAAUUGCUUUAAUUAAUUCUCUAAUUCAAUUAAACAUUUGCCUGAAAUGUUGACGUCCAGGGUCUAGCUUCAUUGUCUACCUAGUGAUAAUUUACCUGAAUUAUAGGAGGAAGCUGACCAAGAUAAGGAUAUUACCUAUGAGAAGUAAUGAUCAAUAUUAUUGUGGGCCUUAAGGGUGUUCCCUAAAAGCUAGCCCUGGACUCUCUUUGUAAACUACCACUUACCUACAAAACACAAUUUCGGAAAACCACUGCCAACUGUGUUUUGAAGCAAAUGCUCCUCAUUCCUUGAUCUUUAGAGCUCCUUGAAAAUGAUGACUCCUGAUCUGAGAAACCCUGAUUUUCACCAUAGUGCCUGAGAGAAGGAACAUAGAUUCCUAGUGUAUUUCUGAAAAAUCCAGGAAAGUGCAUUGUAAACACCCCUUCAUCGCCUUGAUUCAGAUCAUAAGAUCAUAGCUUCCAUGCAGAGUGACAUAACUAAACCUAUCUGGACAGGCAGAUUUUGGCAGGUGCUUUCUUCUACUAGCUGUGCUCACGUCUUCAUGUACACUUCCUCUUUCAGUGCUGUGAUCAUUGCUUGUUGUUCUUUGGGCCAUCUUCAAGAAUCUACGUCUUUCUCUGAAUGUUGUAAUUGUUCCUACUAAACCCAGUAGAACCUUUUAUCCUUUUUUUUUUUUUUCAGGAGCCCUGAUGGUAGAGUGGUUAAAAGAUUAGCUGCUAACCAAAAUGUUGUCGGUUUGAAUACCAGUUGCUCCUUGGAAAUGCCAUAGGGCGGUAGUACUUUGUCAUAUAGGGUCACUGUGAGUUGGAAUCGGCAACAGGUUUUGUUUUGUUUUUUUGUCCUUUUUUUCAGAUGACUCCCAGAUAUCCCAUUUUACAAACAUUUCUAGGGAAAUAAUGAUUCCUCUUACUCAAAGCACAUUUAUUUUCUUCUCUGCACUUGGUUGUGAUUCUUGACCUGGAUGCUGCCUUUCAUUGCCUGUAGGGAAGGGCAGAGUUACAACCAAAGGAUAGGCAAACAGUCUUCUGCCAUAGGUCUCAACUUCGGUGGAAGUGGAGAAAGUCCCUGUGAUUCUUGAGACCCUGGACCAUCAUAUUACUCUAUCAUAGGUACUUAGUCCACAGUCCAGGGAAGGAGGCAUUUUACACAACACUCUGCUACUGAAAAGACUUAAGUCUCAGGACUUGCUUCUUUUAUCUGUCAAGCUCAUCCUCCCAUCCUCAAACAUAUUCUCAACAAAGCUUACUAAGUGUGAUGGAGUUUCUACCCCUGUCCUUUGUGCACCUUUCCAAUGUCUCUGUGUGGAAUGGAGGAGAAAUGCAGCCAGUGGCAACACUUUUACUGUGUAUAUGAACAUCUAUUUCUUUGCUCUCAGGACUUUCUGCUCGUCUUCUCGGCACACUGAGAUCCUCCACACUAGUUUUGCUCAUGCCACAUCACAUACUGGUUAUUCAUGGUAUAACCAAAAAGAAGGGAUUAAACAGAGAGGAGUUUGCUGUGACUCUGAAGAGAAGUGGAAGAUACCAGUUUGGAAAACCUUCACUUUGGAAGUCUUAAUUAGUUUGGUUGAGAUAGGUACACAUUGCAGUAAAAGAAAUCAGGUUUAGGAAUUGGGAUAAAAAGAACAAACCCUGGCAUGAAGGAGGCUGAUGGCUACUGGUACCAUGACAUGAAGCUUAAUGCUGGUAGGUUAAAGAAAUUAUUCAGCAACUAGUGUCCCUUCAAUUCUACCUUCUCAGGGGGCACUAACCUUGAAGCUCAGGUUCAGAAACUUCUAUAGGCUCCAGAUAUAUCAUGAUCCUAUCUUAAAGUGCUUAAAGUCCAAUCUUAAAGGAGUUUUUCUUCUCACUGGCUUGGGUCACCCUUUUUCUAACCUUCUGUGACCAACUCUGAGACUGUCUACAAGCUCCUCUACCCAUGAACAAAUCAGUUUCCCAUUAUUAGUCUUGAAUUUACAUAAUGUUUUAAUCAAUGCCAAUGUCACCACUGCACUCAUUGCCAUCGAGUCAAUUCCAACUCAUAGUGACCCUAUAGAACAGAGUAGAACUGCCCCAUGGGUUUCCAAGGAGUGGCUGUUGGAUUUGAACUGCUGACCUUUUGGUUAGCAGCCGUAGCUCUUAACCACUACACAACCAGGACUCCAAUGUAGUAUGUGGUUGGUUAGUGGUAGUGGAGGUUGGAAUGGGGGCCCUGAUAAUGACCUAUAAGAUAGCUAGAUGUUGUCAUACAUGCUUUUCAAGUUCCCCAUUUUCCUUAAGCCGGAAGUCUCUGGAUCCAGGUAAUAUCUGAUUCUGAUAGUCUCAUUCUCAAUAUGUUCCCAUAUUCUAUCCCUAUUCCUGAGCUGUUAGCCAUGAACCAGAGACUUUCCCUGGGCUUCGUUCCAUGGCUGGGUUAGCUGGAAAAGUGCUAGCCCUGAUGCUGGGACCAUGGCAUGUAAUGACAUACACUCCCUUUUCACAUUUAGUAUGUCUCUAGGGGGAAGGGGGAGUUGGCCAUGGGCCCUUAUUGUAUUUUCCAAUUGUCACACUUGUAUUGUCACUGAGGCCUCCUUUGUUCCUGAAGUAGGCUGGGCAUUUCUUGCUUCCUAGAACUGACCCUACAAGAAACAAAGGUACAAACAAAGCCAAAUGGUAAUCAGGAUCAUGCUUGGAACUCUGUUUGGGCAGAAAACAAUACUUGGUAUGGACUAAAGGUUGGGAGAAAGGGAAGGAAACGUAGUGUGAAAUUACGGAAGGAAGCUGGCAGGCUUAGUGUUUCUUUCUUGGCAUGACCAGUGUCUCUUUAUCCUCUUCCUAGAUGUACGGCUUGGCGCCAGGGCCCUCGAGGCUUUUUUCAUGGAUAAAAGGAGGUGAAGCUGAGUGGCACCCUAUUUCAGAUUCUUGGAGGCAGCCAAAAUGAUGUCCUUCGUCCCUCUGCUCCUGGUAGGCAUACUGUUCCCUGCCAUCCAGGCCAAACAAUUUACAAAAUGUGAGCUGUCCCAGGUCCUGAAAGACAUAGACGGCUAUGCAGGCAUCACUUUGCCAGAAUUUACCUGUACCAUAUUUCAUAUCAGUGGUUAUGAUACACAAACCAUAGUUAAUAACAAUGGCAGCACAGAAUAUGGACUCUUCCAGAUCAGUAAUAAAUACUGGUGCAGGGACCACCAGAUCCCUCAGUCAAGGAACAUCUGUGACAUCUCCUGUGACAAGUUCCUAGAUGAUGACCUUACUGAUGACAUGAUGUGUGCCAAGAAGAUCCUGGAUAGCAAAGGAAUUGACUACUGGUUGGCCCAUAAACCUCUCUGCUCUGAGAAGCUGGAACAGUGGCUCUGUGAGAAGUUGUGAGUGCCUGCUGCCCUUGCUGCUCCUGCUUUCUCUCUGCUCCUAAAACUCCUCUUCCCUAAUGAUCCCUGAAUUUACUUCCUUCUACCCCCUAAAGCUGGUUUGUUUCUGAGCCUUGGGUCCUGUAGUGACACCAUUGGACUUUGAGGACUAUUCUCCAGGGACAUGUGACUAGUGCACUGGAAUUCAGACCCUUGAUCAGUGCCCCUGAUGGAAUUUUCUCUACAGAAAUGAAUUCCACCUCUGUCCUGAAUAAAAGGCCUGACUUUGAGUGGCUGGCUGUAUUUUCUUCCUGGAGGUGAAGGGAAGAGACAGAGUGAAUUGGUGAACACAGGAGUCAUAGGUCAUAGCUACCUUCUCAUCUCUACUGAAGAGAAACUGGCUGAAAUUUUAACAGAAAAAUGGGGUUUAUUUUCUGUAUCAAUUGAGCUCAACAAUCUUUUGUUGAUCACCUAAUAUAUUCAAAGAACUAGAGGGAAUUCAAAGUUGGCUAAAAGGUUCUCUUCUCUCAAGGACUAGUAGUAAAGAUAAAUAAAUAUUAAUAAAUAGUUAUUAUAUAGUACCAUAGGCAUCUUGAGAGAGGUUAAAAAUGUAUCCCCAUCGUUCAGAAUAGGAAAUGUCAUUUCUAUUUGGAAUGUGGUGGAAAAAAGGAACCAGGAAAGGAUUCAUGAAAGGGGUGGCACUUAAGCUGGUUUUGAAGUGUAGGUUUGACUUCAACAGGUGCGGUGGGAGAAAAACAGCAUGGGCAGGGGGUCCAGGAAUCUGAAAUGGGUGACUCGAAGAGGUUGAGUGAUUUUCUUGUCCUUUUGAUAAGGCUAUACCUUUUACUGAGGAUCUGAGAGAGUGACUAUCCUGAGACCAGAGAUAGAACAGAGGAGCCUUGCAGUUAGCUCAGUAAUUCUUAAGAACCUGAGCACCUGGGUCUUUAGAUUGGGACCCUGCACUACAUUACUCCUCCUUUCUGCUUUGCUUGUUUUUACAGAGAAAGUUUGUAAGACUUUAUUUAUUCUAAUAACUAUAAUAGGAUAUGUGAAAUCAGAGAGUCAGGAGAUUUGCAUCCUAAAGUCUGUUUCCACUACUCUUACUGGUGUGAACCAGAGGCCAUCUCUGUCCUCUGUGUUUCAAUUUCCUUAUCUUAAAAAGUGAGUUUUGAUCUAGACGGUUUUCUGAGAUCUCUGCCGGCUUUGACAAUCUAGCAUUCCAAAACUCCAGUUGAAUUUACCACAUUUUUGAAUUAGUUGGGAAUGAAAUUUGCAUCUUCUUUCUGCCUUCCUUGCCUUCAUAAGAGGUCUAAUAUUGCUGAUUACACUCCUUUCUGGGUGGGCACCCCUUAUACCGUUGGGACUUUAUCCAACCAGACCAUAUUUCCCUGUUAAAGGGAUCAGUAGUCCCAAAUGAAGCCCCCAUGGCCUGUUUGGGGACCUGUAGGGUCAGGCAAGGGGCAGGGAAUCCACCCUUCUCCUAUACCUAGUUAAAAUAAACUCUCAGGAAAUAACUUGGUAUUAGUUGUAUCUUUUUAGUGAGAAUUUAAACACAACGUUAUGCCCCUCCCAGGGGUAUUGCUUGCUAUUCCCUUCCUAAUUAUGAGACAAAUGUGUUUUCUCCAAGUCCACAGUGUUUCAGGAAUAACCUCUGUGUAUGGGGGUACGUGUGGGAGGUCAGGGUUGGAUGACAAUCCUUCCCACUGAACUCACACAUCUACUUCUUAUCUCUUACCCUGCCUCAGCUACACCAGCAGGAAGCCAUGUAUUCUGGAAAAUAGAAGAGAUCAGCCCCAUCAAGUAACUAGAGCAGAAAUGCAACUAAAGCUGGGGCUGUGUUGCUCAGCCCCAUACCUCUCUCCUUCAUCCUACAGAGAUCAUAAAAUUUCACCUGUGAGGACUGGUACACCCAUAUAUGAGGCCAUGAUCUUAAGGGGCCUCUGCUGAAGGAUACUGAUGAUUAGAUUUAUUUGUCAAGGGGGCCUUGCCUGAGGGUCAGAGGAUCAAGAAUAGAUAGAAACCAAGUUGCUGACAUGGAAGUGGUCUUGACUGAUGCAGAUCUCUUGGCUUCGAGUAGAAGCAGGGCAGGAAACUGCUGUUGUUCUAUUCCUGAGAACUGUCUUGGGAGCUGAACUGGCAGUGGGGUGGCAGCGGAGCACUUGUUCUGCUUUCUCCAACUCCUUUCCUCCAGGCUUGAAACUGGAAGGGGUACAGGCUAAGAUGGGAGGUGGGGAGGCUCAAGGCAGGGGCUGUCAGAGUGCAGAGCAUUGUGGAGUCCUGUGUGAAGAGAACUCAGGACUGUGCCCAAAAGUACGGAUUCUGUUUCUGUCUUAUCCUGAUUUCUCCUCCCUGCUACUUUCUUCUGACAUGUGACUUGUUGCAGAGGGAGGAAUUUUACAGGAUAAAAUUAAAUUUUCUGUUCCAUAUGCGCUUUCUUCCAAUCCUUCUUCUCUCUCAUUCAUUUGUUAUUUUUCUUUAUCUAACAUUAAUUGACAGCUCAUUAUAUGAUGACUGUACUGGACACUGGGGAUUCAGAAGCUAUUAGAUAGGGGUUUUGCUUUCAUGAUGCUUACGCCUUAGUGGAAGAUACUCACCACCUUCCAUUUCCUAUGACCAUGCAAGAGAAAUGGCUCUUUAGAUGAAUCCAUCAUUCAUUCCUUAAUUUAUCAGCAAAUAGUUAUUGAGGAUUUGCUAUUUGCUAGGCUCUACAUGAGAAACUAGUUGUUAAGAGUGAAGACAGGAGGAGUCACACAUUUUAUUUUAUUUCUAAGUUAUAUGGAGCUGUGGAUCUUUCCAGGGGUCUUCAGAGAUGGGAACGAAGGAGGCGUUCGGUCUCACGGUGCCCAAGAUGGACUCUCCCAGAAUGAAUGGGGUAUUUGAUUUACACUUUGUGCAACUUCAUAGACAAAAGUAAAAAGGAGAGGGAAUAGCAGAAAAGGGAGGAGUGGAGAGAAAGGACGAGAAAAAAGAGGAAAAGUCAAUAGCUGUAGAAAUGGCCAGUGAGGCUUUCAGAAUUUUCUUGUGUAGUGACUGAGCACCCUGUGGAUGGGUGUUACCUGCUCUGUGGGGAUUUACUCAGGGGACAUUGAAGACGGAGAAAUGAAGAUUACUGCUUUGGAUAGGGAUGAAAGCUGAGAUAGCUUAGCGAUCAUAGCUCUUUCUGUCUGUCUUCUUCCCAGGACUUUUCCUCCUGGUGAGGCAGUGGAGUCUGGGCUAGAAGGUAAGCCUGGACUUCCUGGCCAACAUCCUCCUCAGAGCUGCCUUCACCUCCUGGUUCUUCAGACUGUAGAUGAGGGGGUUUAGCAGUGGGGUCACCACGCUGUAUUGCACAGAGAGCACUUGCUCUAAGGCUGAGCCGGUUGCUGGAGUCAUGUACCUUGAAGGGAAUUGCACAAAGGAGUAAACUGAGAUCAGGACAACAGCCAUAAUACUAUUGGCAGCAAUGGUCCAUUCCAUCCUGGAGAACUCUACAAAGGGAGUCCUCAGAGCUGAGUCAACUAUCACUGGUGGAAGUAUCUAGAAAUGACUGUCUGAUCAGUGAGAAGUCAGUAAUUUCUGUCUUUAAAUUGCCUUCAAAGAUGAGUGACCUUAUGCAGAAGUUUAUAGAAACUGCCCUUGGGGAAAAAGGAAGUUCUGCAGGAUAUCAAAGGUUGUAGGUUAGAAUAGAACUAAUAAUAAUAAUUUCGUGCAUUUCUGGAGCACUGCAUACUCUUCAAAGCAUCUUUCUAUAACAGUUAUAAUCAUAAUAUCAGUUUUUUUUAUCUCCUCUCCUCCCCAUGUACAAAACAGCAAUGACACAUGUUCUCAUCUUGAGAUGACAGUUUUUUACAAAACUGUAUGCUUAGUCUAAAGAUGCUGCUAUUGUUCCCAAUAUUUAUGGCUCUGGAAUUUACUCUCAAAGUCGUAGCACACUAUUUUUAAAACGCCUAGUUGAACAAACGCUUGUCCUUCUAGUUUGGUUUGGAAAAGACCAAUUAUCAUUUGAAGCCAAGACUGAAAUACAGUGGGAGAUAAAGAUAUGUUAAACAAGAUAUAUCUCCAAAACAAUGAGAUUAAAUUUUUUGGUUCAUUUCGUUAAGUGCCACUGAAAGUAUUUAAUAAAGAAGCAUUAUAAAAUAAAAAAAUUUUUUUUUUCUGCAAUGACACCAUCAUAAUUGGAAUACGUAUAGACUCUCCUAAGAAUGUCCCUUGUGGGUUUUGUCGUGUUUGGCCAAAAAAGCUAUCCAUUUUAAUGUCAUUCUUUGUUAUCUAAUCUUCCCUUCCUAGAAUUUAUGUGAAGUAGAUAGACCAGACCUGACCCGUUGCCUUUGAGUCGAUUCUGACUCAUAGAGACCCUAUAUAGGACAGAGUAGAACUGCCCCAUAGGGUUUCCAAGGAGCAGCUGGUGAGUUUGAACUGGUGACCUUCUGGUUACCAGCCACAUGCCUAACCACUGCACCACCAGGGCUCAGUGAAGUAGAUAGAAGAAAUGUUAUUAUCUUCUUAUGGUAUAUGAGGGAACUAAGACAAAGAGAGAGAUUUGUUUGCAGGAAUGCCUGUGGCUGGUGAGCCUGUCUUCCACGAGGCUCAGGUGAGCUCUCCCGGGCCAUUUCUUACCAUUCUUUUCCACCCCCUGAUUUCCCCCCAAGUCAUCUUUCCAUAAUAGUUAUGAUGAUAAUAUGGGGACUUUUUUUCCUCCCCCCAUAUACACAUGAUUAAUUGUUCCUUAUAGAAGGUGAGAAAAGUAUUGAGCAAUUUAUGCAAAUCCACCUCCAGUUCACUAGCGGAGAGCACAGGCAUUAAUCAUCUACUUUUCUAGUAAGGGAGGACUCUUUAGCCAGAGCUGUUUAUGUCUGAGAGAAGUAUUUUCUCAAAGAGCAUGAGAUUUGAAGUCAGUGAGAACUUGGUUCAAAUCAUGGCUUCAUUACUGGCUUG